AUGUCACUCACAGAGCUCAAAGCCGAAAUUGUAGCGCUACUGUCCGAUGACACCGCGAAGGUCUUCACAAGCCUGGUCAAUCACAUUACACGCCUUGGACGUACGCAAUCUAAAUUCUUGGAAGCGCGACGCGAAAAGCUGCUGGAUAUAGUCAUGCAAAACAGACAGAUCGGUUCAUUGUACAACGCGUUCGCCGCGCGGCAGGCGGAAUUGGAGGGGAGGAUGACGUACAGCUUGCCUGUAUUCACAUACCCGGAGGUAGGGGAGAGCUUGGAAAAGAAAGCGGGGGAUACUGAGAUAAUGCAGAAUUUUGGAGGUGUGGAUGGGACUGACGACCGAGAAGAAAGUCAGCAGGCCACAAUAGAUUCCACCACGGCCCAGCCUGAAGGCUCUAUACACAUCGCCAACGAGAAAACACCAUUGGCGACUCCUAAAUCCUGUGAGAUCUAUAGAACUGGUCCUUCCAUUGUUCUCGUACAGAAUCCCGAAGACUUCCCUAUACAUCGCAUCCAGGAGGUACAAUCGCAGUACUACCCUUCCACAAAGAUCGCCGCAUUGUGGAUCCAUCGAGACGCGAAUGGUACUACAACGAAGGUCACAGCGGACGUAGACGGCGGAUCUGUUGAUCACCUAAUCAUCAGCGAUAUGAGGUUGAUAGUGGCCCUAGGGCUCCAUGAACACCUCCAGAAUACUCUUUUACUUGACGAAUCGAAAUUCCGUAUCGAUGAAACCUUCACGAUCGAGCUACUCCCCGGGCAACGAAUAACUGACCCGAAGGCACGUAUAGUUGGUGAGUUACUGCCAGCUCGACAUGCGUACUUGUACUGGCUUGACUCGAGAUGUACGGCGAACCCGAAAGCCCCGCCGUUCAUACAAGAGGCAAGAACUCUCGCUAGGAAGCUUCGAAGGCGCACGCCAGAUGUCUGGAGGGAGGUGAAGAAGAUGUGGGAUCUUGAGCAGGGAAGUGGUGGAAGGCAAUACAGGGAGAACCGCGAGGACCAUCUUGGAGAAAGUCCUAGCUAUCCGACAACUGAAGAGAAGAUAGCAACACGGUGUAUGUGGUGCUAG